GUUCCGGGGGAUGACGUAGUUACGUGACAGGAAACCGUGCGCACCGCCAUUUUGGCAGUACUCGGCAGAUUGGCAUACUGUUGUGGUGAAGGCGGCUAAACAUGGUCGAUAACUGUUGUGCACCAGGUUGCACAAAUAAACGAGGGAAAAAGAAAGGUACGUCGUUUUACCGCAUUCCUAAAGAUGCGGAGAGGCGAGCUAAGUGGAUCAGCGCUAUUAAAAGAGCCAGAAGCAAGCAAAACAAGACUGAAAGAUGGGACCCCCCAGCCGUUGGAUUCCGCUUGUGCAGCGAUCACUUCAUAUCAGGGAGAAAGAGUGAUAAUCCCUUGAGUCCGGACUUUGUUCCAUCUAUUUUCAAUUACGUUCCAUCUCCAGAGAAGAGGAAAAGAAAAAUGAGACUGGAGGUUUUCAACAGACGACAGAAAGCAAAGCUACAGAAGAUAGAGCAGACAAAGCUAUCUGCGAAAGCCAUCCCUCCCAGAGCAUCAACCGAUUGUCCCCAAGACAGCAACAAGGAUCCUCCUGCAGACCAAACUCCCACCACGGAGCCUUUGAAGGAAUCUACCCAUGAAGAACCUGGAAAUGAUGUCCAGCCUGUUCUCCAUGAGGAUGAUCCAGCAACUCCACCAUGCAGCACUGAAACCUGUGGUAAACACGUCCAAUCUCUUGAGCAAGAAUGCCAAGCUCUGAGGACUGAAAAUAUGUUGUUGAAGGAAAAAAUGAAUAGGACUACACUAAAUUAAAUGAGCUUGCAUAACGAUGAUAAAAGGGUUAAUACUCUCACUGGUUUAUCAACAUAUUCAAUUCUCAUGACAAUUUUUCAUAUUGUGGCUCCUUUUGUCAAACUUAAAUCUUGUUUAACAAAUUUUCAGCAGUACAUGUUAACUUCAAUGAAGCUUAGAAUGAACUUGUCCUUUGAAUUUUGGGCUUUUUAUUUUGACAUUGACUCAACCACUGUUUCAAAGCUCUUCAAACACUGUAUUAGUGUGAUGCAUUGUAGACUGGUGCCAAGUCUAGUGUUUUGGCCUGACAGAGAAACCUUAAGAAAAUCUCUUCCAUAUGCAUUUCGAAACAGUAGCUUUGAAAAGACUGUUUGCAUUAUAGAUUGUUUUGAAAUAUUUCUAGAUAAACCCAGUAGAUUGCUAGCCAGUGCUCAGUGUUACUCCUCAUACAAAUCACACCACACAAUGCAAUAUUUAAUUGCAAUUUGCCCUCAAGGUUCCAUUUGUUUCAUUUCCACUGGAUGGGGAGGUUGCACAAGUGAUAAGUUCAUAACAGAACAAAGUAAAUUUUUAUCUCAUUUGCUCCUAGGGGACGUUGUUUUAGCGGACAGAGGUUUCCUGGUUAAAGAGUCCAUUCAGAGAUGCAAAGCUGAAUUAAAGAUUCCAGCAUUUACUCGUGGAAAGAAGCAGUUAGAUCCUGUUGACUUGGAGAACACCAGAUGUCUAGCCUCUCUUAGGAUACAUAUAGAAAGAGUAAUAGGAGUUCUCCGUCAAAAGUACACAGUCUUGCAAAGCACUGUCCCCAUAAGUUUCACAGACAUAGACAGAGAAAAUGAUGUUACCUACCUUGACAAGAUUGUGAGCAUAUGUUGCGCACUUACAAAUGUGUCUGAAUAUGUAGUGCCCUUCCAGUGAUGGGAUGUACAGUAAAUUGAACUGAUGUGACUGGCUACAGAUGUA